AUGAGUGAUAAUCAGAAGGAAACGAAAUUUCCUUUACAGCAAUUCAAGCACAACGUUGUGGUGAAUUCAAAGAACGCCGAGCCGACAUGGAAGAUACUAGAGAGUGCAAUUGACGAGAUUUAUAAUCAGAACUCCAUUUCCCUUACCUUCAAUGAUCUAUAUACGCAUGCUCACAACAUGAUUUUGUUCAAGUAUGGUGAGAUGAUAUACUCAGGGAUUGUGGAAAGCAUGACUUUCCAUAUAGAUAAGAUGUUAACAGUCAUUGAGUCAGCUCAAGGUGGUUUGUUUCUUGAGGAGGUAAACAGAAAAUGGCAAGCCCAUACUAUUGCAGUAUCGCGGAUUAGAGAAAUAUUUAUGUACAUGGAAAGAACCUUUAUUGUAAGAGAGAAAAAAAUCCCGAUACAAGAGCUUGGUCUGAACCUCUGGAGGGACAUUAUUGUACAUUCUCACAGUAUCCGAACGAGGCUUCAAUCUGCACUUCUUGAACGAAUCUAUAGAGAACGAACUGGUGAGGUCAUAGACCGGUGUCUCAUGAAGAAUAUUAUUAACAUGCUGAUAGAUUUGGGUCAUUCGGUAUAUGAGGAAGAUUUUGAGAUUCAUUUUCUUGAAGAUUCAGCUGAUUUCUACAAAGCCGAGGCCCAGAAAUUGAUAGAGUGUUGCGAAUGUAUAGAAUAUCUGAUGAAAGUUGGGAGAUACUUGGAUGAUGAAAAAGAGAGAGUUUAUCGUUACUUGGAUGACAGAAGUGAAAGCAAGAUACAGAAGGUUGUGGAGGUGGAGAUGAUUAAAGAACACAUGCUAAGGUUAGUUCAUAUGGAGAAUUCGGGUUUUGCGAGUAUGCUUCUCAAUGUUAAGAUUGGUUCAGGGGCUAAGGUUGAGCCAUGCGAACAAUUGGGAAUAAUCUACAAUAUGAUCAGUAGAGUUCCCAGUGGAAUUGAAACGAUGAUAAAUGUCGUGGCCUCUCACAUCAAGAAAACAGGCAAGAAAAUCGUUACCCAUCCAGACAGAUUGAAAGAUCCUAUUAAGUUCGUGCAGUGCAUCUUGAAUGAGAAAGAGAAGUGUGAUGCAAUCAUAAGUGUGUCAUUUAACAAUCAAAAAGAAUUCAUCAAAGCAUUGAACUCCUCCUUCGAGUAUUUCAUUAAUCUGAGUCCACGCUCUCCCGAGUUCAUUUCAUUGUUUUUGGAUGACAAGCUCCGGAAGGGUUUGGAGGAUAUCGAGAUAGUUUUGGAUAAGGUGAUUGAUAUUUUCCGAUUCUUGCACAAUAAAGACAAAUUCGAGAAGUAUUAUAAGCAACAUCUGUCUAAACGUCUCCUGUAUGAUAAAACAGUCUCGGAUGAAUCAGAGAGAAGUUUGAUAGGUAAGCUGAAGUCAGAGUGCGGAUUUCAUUACACAUCAAAAUUGGAAGGCAUGUUUAAAGACAUAGAAAGUUCUAGAGAAAAAAUGGAUUAUUUCCUUCUAAAUUAUGUCAACUCAACAGAUGAUCGAAUCAUAGCUAUCAAGGUUUUAACAACUGGUUAUUGGCCCAUUCAACCAAUCCCCGAGUGCAAUUUACCUUCUGAAGUUUGUUAUUUGACCAAUAGAUUCAAAAUCUAUUAUCUUGGGAUCCAUUCGGGUAGAAGACUUUCAUGGCAAACUAAUAUGGGCAAUGCCUAUCUAAGAGCAAUUUUUGGCAAAACCCGGACAACCAAGUAUAGGCUGUAUGUGUCAAUUUACCAGAUGUGUGUACUCAUGUUGUUUAACGAUGCCACACGCCUUAGCUAUAAGGAGAUUGAGCAGGCAACCAAAAUCCCUUCUACAGAUUUGAACAAAUGCUUAAUAUCUCUGGCACACACCGGAAAUGGAGGAAGAAAUGUUCUCAGGAAAAAACCUAAAACCAAAGUUAUAGGAGAGGAUGACAUGUUUAAGGUGAAUGACAUGUUCAGGAGCAAGUGUUACAAGGUGAUGCUAGGAGGAAGGGGCAACUCAAAGCAGGUAUCAGAGGCAGAAAGCCAGAAGAAUCAAGAAAGACUUGAGGUGGACAGAAAGCCUCAGAUUGAGGCUGCGAUUGUGAGGAUAAUGAAAACAAGGAGAGUACUUACACAUAACAAUGUCAUUGCUGAGGUAACAAGUUAUCUUCAACCUUAUUUCUUGGUUCGCCUCCCAGAAAUAAAGAAUCGAAUAGAGAGUCUUAUCGAUCGGGAGUUCUUGAAAAGGGACGACAAAGACAGAAGCUUGUACCAUUACCUUGCAUGAAGAAUCAGGUUAGUUUUAGUUUGAUUAACAUACAUUACAAAAUUUUACCUUGUAUAGUUUUUAGUUUUGCUAAGAUAACACUUCUUUCUUUCAUUAAUGCAAAAUUGCCCCAAAGGGGUUUAAUCGAUGCUCACAAAUUUUUCCUCUAGUUUCAUCCUUUAUUCUCCUAUGCCCUUUCAAUUACUUCAUCAAGUUGGAUAAACCAAACUUAGGCUCAUUUGAAAACAAUCUUUCAGCCAAAUUUCUCAUACAGGCGUGA